ACUCCAAGCCCUCCCAUGGGAUUUCACCCACCACCUUCCUGAGAUACGAACCAGCGUUACAGUCCACUUUUCUCCCUCGGGCCCCCGAGCCUGGGCGGAAGGCUUCCGGCCGGUUCCGCCAGCCCCCUCUGGGCUUGUUCCGCUUGCAAGGCAGAGUCGAUGCCACUAGGGGGCUCUGGCCAUUGUCAAAAAAGAGAGCAAGUGAACGAAGAGGCUGUUCUCCUUUUCUUUGGCUGCCGCCGCCGCCGCCGCCGCUGCUGCUUGUGCUCCCGUUGCCGCUGACGAUUUUGGGGGCUGAACUUCCCAGGUCAGAACCAGAGACAGCACAGCGAGUCCUGUUGCUGUUUCUUCUGCUGCUCUCGUAGCAGCCGCCCGGAGUCGACCCAGCCCGAGCGCCAGCCGAGCCGCUUGGCGGCAGCCAAAUCGGGAAGCGCGGAGUCUCGGCUUUAUUUAUCCUUCUUUUGAUAGGCGAGAUUGUCAAGUUUGCAGCUCGAGGACCGGACCUAAAGCCAGAGGCUUCCAGAGGCCAGAGCCUUCUGCAGAAGUGACUGAUGUAUUUUGCUGAGAUACAGUGGGCCCUUCUGGACCCAUGCCAGAGACCUGUCUACAGGGACAUUGUGCAGGACAAUUUUGGGACUCUACUCUCGCUAGAUGGCGGAACCAUGAAUCCAAAUUCCCAGCCUGGGGGUCCUGAGGGUGUGCAGAAGCAAGUCCAAGGGCGGUCAGAAGGCUCUGCUUAUGUGGGGCAGCCUCCAGCCGGACAGCUGAGUGAAGAGGCAGGAAAAGGAUGGAUCAAGCCCCCGCUACUUCCUCCAGUGACAAAAGACAACCCCACCAUCCCACCCCGUGGAAUUUAUAUGGGGCCCGGACCCAGUCUGUGUGUCCAAUGUGGAGAGAGCCUUGCCCAGACGCAUCACACCCUUGCGCAGCCUAAGAGGCCUUCCCCCUCUGCCGAUAAGCAAUACCCCUGCUCUGAUUGUGGGAAAAGCUUUGGCGUCAGUUCCCACCUCACAAUUCACCGGAGAACCCACACUGGUGAGAAGCCCUAUGAGUGUGCCGACUGUGGGAAAAGGUUCAGCCAGAGCUCCACACUUGUCCUCCACCGCCGCAUCCAUACGGGGGAGAAGCCGUACAAAUGCACAGAUUGCGGGAAGAGCUUUUCCGUCAGCUCCCAUCUGACCAAACACCAACGAAUCCACACAGGAGAGAAACCGUAUGAAUGCCAGGUGUGUGGGAAAAGGUUCAGCCAGAGCUCCACCCUCAUUCUUCACCAGAGGAUCCACACAGGGGAGAGGCCUUAUAAGUGUGAUGAAUGCGGCAAGACCUUCAGUGUCAACUCACACCUUACCAUCCACCAGAGGAUUCACACAGGAGAGAAACCAUUCCGCUGCAUGGAAUGUGGGAAGAGUUUCCGACAGAGGUCUGGCCUUAGCACGCAUCAGAAAACUCACAUGAUGCUUGUGAGACCUUAUAAAUGUCCACCUUUAAAAUGUUUAGUGCAAUGCCUGAACCACUCUGUUGUCUUAACAGAUGCCAGGAGAAAAUGUGAGUUGCAGGCCUUCCUUGUCAGAAAGAUGUUGUCAAGAGAAGAGCCCAAGCAGGUGGUGCCCAAGGGACCUCCACUGGAACUGGAACCCAGCAGAGUGGGAGUUGGCAAUUUCACACUGGUACUCCCUGCCAAGCCCAGCCCCAUCUCCUCUAGCAAAGGCCAGAAACCAUACAAGUGCGUGGAGUGUGGGAAGGGCUUUGGCCAGAGCUCACACUUGAUGCGCCACCUGGGGACACACUCAGGAGAGAAACCUUACCGGUGUACAGACUGCCCCAAGGCCUUCACACAGUUGUCGAAUCUGCGGCAGCACCAGCGCAUGCACACCGGGGAGCGCCCGUACGCCUGCGAUUUCUGCGGCAAAUGCUUCUCCUGGAGUUCCAACCUAUCUCAGCACCGGCGCCUCCAUACUGGCCAGAAGCCUUAUGCUUGCACGCAGUGCGGCAAAUGUUUUUGCGAGAGUGCUCGGCUCCUGGAGCACCAGCGCACCCACACGGGCGAGCGGCCAUACGCUUGCUCUCAGUGUCGCAAACGCUUCAGCCGCAGCUCUCACCUGGCCCGCCACCAGCGCCUCCACAAUGACCAGAAGCCUUACGCCUGCAUCCAGUGCAGCAAGCGUUUCUGUGACAGUGCUCGGCUCCUGGAGCACCAGCGCACCCACACCGGCGAGCGGCCCUACGCCUGCCCACAGUGUCAGAAACGCUUCAGCCGCAACUCUCACCUGGCCCGCCACCAGCGCCUCCACACUGCCAUUAUGGAAACAGAGGAGGAAUGAAAGGCACUGCCUUCCACUUGAGCCGCUGUACCCCCUGCAAGGAGGCUUUGCACAACUGGUAGAACAGCCUGGUCAAACUGGGGAAGAGGCUUUGUAGGCCUUUGCCUUUUAUUCCUUAAUCCCUGGAACUGUGGACCAUGCUGGCAAUUUCUGGUUAACCAUAAGCUUUACAAAGCACCCGGCUUGUUGGGGCAACAAGCCAUCCUCAGUAAGAUUAAAUUCAGUUCAUUUUCCCUUUCCAAGGCCUGUUUCCAUAUGCAAACCACUGCCUGCGAGUAAUAGCCCAGGGAAGAACUAAAACUUCCCAGAGGUGUCUGACCAGCCAGAUUACUUGAGUGCUUGCACAGGCUUCCAGCAGUUUGCAGCUGGCAGGAUUGGAGCACUGGGUGCAGGUCCUGGGUUAGUGACACAACCCAUGCGUGUUAAGGCUCAGGCUGAAAAGAGACGGAUUAUGAUCCUGAAGUGCUUCAGAGAAUCUAAAGCAAGGAGGCACCACGGGCCUACUCUGUUGGCAAGCUCAGCCUGGUCAUUGUGUCAUUGCACAAGGUAUACAAAUGCACAGAAGGUGCUGAACUACGACGGUUACUAAACUCUGAAAAAGCUGCAGGAGGCGGAAUGCCUCUGUUGUUGCAAAUCUUACAGUGUGUUCUCUGGGCAGGGUCACUCUUAUAUUGUAUGUGGGCAGUCUAGAGAGUUGGCAGGAAUGCUGGGUUCCAGAGCUGUGGUUUAAGGCUCUAGGGAAGAAGUGACCACCUGUAUACUUGCAGGAGAUACCCAAACAUGCAUAGGUCUUCUCUGCAAGGCUGAUAUUCCCUGUUGUCAUGACUUGGGAGCUUUUGAACAUCAGCCAGCCAGAAUACUGUUUUAAAGAGAAAGUAAAAUGAAAACAACAUGCCACCCCCCUUGAUUCUUGGUCAAAUGUCCUGUGUAUUAUUGUGAAGAGACAUGGGUAAGGGAGAGAACCCUAAAAGCCAGUUUGGUCUAGCGGUUAAGGUGCUGGGCUAGAAACCAGGCAACUGAGAGUUCUAGUCCCGCCUUA